ACAAACCCGGCAACCGGCAACGGAACGGGGCGUUUACAGGGCCGCGCCGUUGAAAGGUUUCUUGUUCAUUCUGCAAGUAUGGUGUUUGUUUGCCAGCAAUGCUGGCAUGGAUUGAAAACGCUCGGGAAGCAGCUAAACCCCCCAAUCAGUGGCAGACGUCUGUACGCGUCCAGUGCGAGGCUCCGUGUGCUCCGGCAAAAUGUUUCUCGCAUCCCGGUGACACGAUAUCCGAUCAUUAAACCGGACGAUACGCGGGUGUACGUUUGGGGACUGGCCGCUACGGGAGCCCUCGGAGUGCAAACGUCGGCCAAGAAACAGGCGCAAGUGUACACCGACUUUGUACAGCAUCCCAGCAGGCUUAGCUUCGCCGAGGCUCAUCGCGUGACGGAUGUUGCCUCGGGAUACGGAUUCACGAUUUAUGCUGUGGAUGCCCGUGGCACCGGUGGCAAGGACCCGGGCAACGGUUGCUCGUUGUGGGGCACAGGAAUAAACACCGACGGACAGCUCGGAGUUCAGAAAGCCCCCGGGGUGCACAAAAAACCCCUUGAACUGCUCAUCUAUCCGGCACCGAUUGAUCUGACGAUUAACGACGGACAGUUCCGCAUAGUACGCGUGGCUGCGGGCAGAGCCCAUUUGCUCGCCCUAACGGACGCCGGCACGGUGCUUACACUCGGUAACAACGCGUACGGACAGUGUGGCCGACGGAUCGUACCUGAUGAGGACUAUUUUCGAAGUCCCACCCUGACCACGAUCGGGACAGUGCCUGGACUUGGUUCCGACGACCGGGUGAGUGGCAUCGAAUGCGGACAGGAUCACAGCCUCUUGGUGACCGAAGCGGGACGGGUGUUUUCGUGUGGUUGGAGUGACGACGGCCAAACGGGACAGGGUCGGUACGGAUUGAUCGACACCGUUGGUCCGGUUGGCGGUGACAUUGAGGGUGAAAAAAUUGUCAAAGUUUCCAGCGCCUGUGAUACGGUGUUGGCAAUAAAUGACAAAGGCGAACUGUUCGGUUGGGGAAACUCCGAGUACGGCCAGCUAGGCGAGGUGGCCUCCGAGAAUCCGCAAAUUAACAGCCCACGCCAGCUACCUUUUGCGAAGCAUUGUGGAAAAAUCGUCGAUAUAGCGGCCGCCGGAUCGUACUGUCUUGCGCUGAAUGAAAACGGGGACGUGUUUUCGUGGGGCUACGGCAUACUGGGCUUCGGCCCGGAUGUGCAGCAUCAACCGACUCCGACGCUCAUCCCUCCGGCACUAUUCGGUCGCAACGAGUUCAACCCACGGGCUAGGGUCGUUUCGAUUGCCUGCGGCAUUACACACUCGGCCGCCAUCACCGAUCAGCACGAUCUGUACAUGUGGGGCCACAAUCGGUAUGCGUGUCUCGGGUUCGGGCACAAGAACGAUCAGUUUUUCCCGCUGAAGGUGGCGAUCAACGCACGCGUUGAGAAGAUCACGUGCGGUGUCGAUCAUACAGUGGCCCUGUGCCGAGGCUUUGUGUAA